AUGAAGCUAUCCAAGCCCUCCUUCAGCGUCAACUCCUCCCUCGACUCCCGCCACUGCUACGAAACCUCCUGGCUCCUCUCCCCAUUCCCCUUCGCAGUCCUCCGCGCCCUAAUCGCCCUCUACAUCUUCGUCACCAUCUUUUUCAUCUGGGGCUGGGACGGCACUCACGGCAACUCCGACGCAAUCGGCCAGAGCUUCAGCUACUUCACCUGGCUCACGUACUGGGGGCUGGGCUUCUAUUAUCUCGUCGCGGCGAUCCAUACGGCAUGUUACGCACGCACAGGGCGCUCCGUGCUCUUCGACAGACUGCCUCGUGCGCUGCGCGCCCUGCAUGCGCUCUUCUAUGCGACCGUCACUACCUUCCCGUUUCUCGUGACGAUCGUGUUCUGGGCGAUUCUGUUUAAGCCGCCGUGGUAUACGCAGACUUUUGAGGCUUGGUCGAAUAUCUCGCAGCACGGCCUCAAUUCCCUCUGGGCCCUGCUGGAAAUCAUCCUCCCCACCACGAACCCGCAUUCGCUUCUGGCGCUUCCGGUCCUGGUGCUGAUUCUCCUGCUGUAUGUCUCGCUCGCGUACUUGACCUACCACACUCAACGAUUCUACACCUACUCGUUCUUGAAUCCCGGGCCGAAUGGCGAGCAUAGUGGUCGCGUGACUGCGUACUGCUUUGGGAUCUUUGCUGCGAUCCUGGUCCUUUUCAUUCUGUCGUGGGCUGCAAUUUGGUUGAGGCGGAGGCUUACCCAUGGAAAGAUCAAGAGGUCGGUCUACGACAAGGAGGACGUUCCUGAGAUGCGGCAUGUCGGAGUUUAG